AUGUCGUUGCCUCUGUUUGAUCAUCCUGCUUCGGAUGGUGAACAACACCUUUUCAAAAACCAUGAAAUUUUGAAGCCAUUCUUUGAAGAAGGUCUGGUGUCUCUGGACGACACGCUGAAAAUUCUUCUGGAUGUCACGACGGAGACGUGGAUUGUGGAGUUAUUGUUAGAUGAUGCUCGUUCUCGCUUGCCUUGGGGCCGCUUGCCAAAUUGUUUGUCUGUGUUGACUGACAUAUGGCAUUCCUGGAAGCGUCGUCAUGUCUUACCUCCUGCAGUCCUAGGGGCAGCAAUGGUGUUUGAGCGUCGCUUUUCUGCUUCACAGCAGUAUGUUGUGACGCCUGAGAAAUUUUAUUGGUCUUUUCAGGCCAUUCCUGCCUUGCGUGACUGGACAGAACAUGAGGUCAACAGGGCUUUAGAAGAUGAAGCAAAGAAGGAAGCCGAGAAUGAAUCGCAAUCAGUGCAUGCGGUGACUGAGAACGAGCCUUGUCCUCCGUCACCUGUGAGCAUCUCCGCAAGCACAGAAGCCAGGUUUUUUGAACAGAGCACCGAUUGCGGUGAAAUCAGUCCGUUGCGUGGUGAUGAAUCUCCACCGCACAAACGGUUCAAGAAGUGGUACCACAGAGAACUGUGGGUGGAUCCGAGACAUGAAGUUCCAGAGAUACCAUCUUCGCCGGAGGCGACCUCGUCCGUGCCGAAGUCAUCUUUGACUCCGUCUGCGCGGGGCCGUCUGUUUGAAGAGCGGGAACAAGGCAGACGUCAGAUGAUUGCGGAGUUCACUGCGCAGGCAGAUGAAUAUUCAUCCCUGAAGCAGUCUCUGCGUCGUGGUGGCGACGCUGUAGCCGACGCCAGAGAGUGA